AGGAAAAGAGCGUUUGAGUCUCAAUCCAGUCCUUUGCACUGUGGGUAAAGGACAUCGCUGGCGCUCCGUUGUUUCGAUGGAUAUACCGUAGACCUUUUCAGUGUCUUUUUGUAUUCGUUUAUUGACUUUGCAAUGCAUGUUCUUGAAGACGUCGCAUUUGACUGCUAACGGAGAGGAACAACGUGCUUGUAGAACCAAAGCAAUCAGUCUAACUCGGCGUAGCUAUAGCGCAGGAUUUGCAUUGUUCCAAGCAGACGACAAAAAUUGACACAAAUUGUCUAAAAUGGACAAUUUAGAGAAGGGAAAUAGACCAGACGAAGAUUUAGAAUCACCAGAGGAUGAAGAAGUGGAUCCCAGAAUCCAGGGGGAGUUAGAGAAACUGAACCAAUCCACAGACGAUAUCAAUCGAUGUGAGACAGAACUGGAGGAUGCACGGCAGAAGUUUCGCUCGGUGCUGGUGGAGGCCACGGUGAAGCUGGAUGAGCUGGUUAAGAAGAUUGGAAAGGCGGUGGAGGAUUCCAAACCAUACUGGGAGGCCCGGCGGGUGGCUCGUCAGGCCCAGCUGGAGGCCCAGAGAGCCACGCAGGACUUCCAGAGGGCCACAGAGGUGCUGCGUGCUGCCAAGGAGACCAUCGCACUGGCUGAACAGAGGCUGCUGGAGGAGGACAAGCGGCAGUUCGACUCAGCCUGGCAGGAGAUGCUCAACCACGCCACCCAGAGGGUGAUGGAGGCGGAGCAGACUAAGACACGCAGUGAGCUGGUGCACAAGGAGACGGCAGCGAAGUACAACGCAGCCAUGAGCCGCAUGAAGCAGCUGGAGAAGAAGCUGAAACGCACCAUCAACAAAUCUAAGCCCUAUUUUGAACUGAAGGCAAAAUACUACCUACAGUUGGAGCAACUGAAGAAGAACGUGGACGACCUGCAGGCCAAGCUGACCCUGGCCAAGGGCGAGUACAAGACGGCACUGCGCAACCUGGAGAUGAUCUCUGACGAGAUCCACGAGCGUCGCCGCUCCUCGGCCAUGGGGCCCCGGGGGCGGGGCGUGGGUGCCGAGGGCGACGGCGGCCCCGGGGACGACAUCGCCAGCUUCAAGAUGGAGUCUGACGGCAUAUCUAUGGCGUCGGAGUCCUUUGAGGAUGAGAACUGUGGCAGUGCCAUGUCGGAGGAGGACUCAGAGACCCAGUCCACCUGCAGCCUGAGCUCCGGGAACACCACCCCUGUGGACCUGGCUUGCCCCUUCGCCUCUUCCUCUCCCUCACCCUCCUCCUCCUCCUCACCCUCCCCUUCGCCCACCUCUCGUCCCAGCAGCCUGGACCUGCCCAGUCCCAUCUCCCUGUCUGAUUUCGGGCUCAUCUCGCCCGUCCUGGGCCCGCGGAGCGAGUGCAGCGGGGCGUCCUCGCCCGAGUGUGACCUGGAGCGAGGUGACCGGGCAGAAGGGGCUGAGAGUGAACUGGACAAUGUCCUCAACAACAACACCACCAACCACAAGAAGAGUGCUGGCCUGGAGAGCUGUUUCGCACGCCUGGCCCUCAAGCGCGCCAAGACGGACAACGUCAAGAAUGCUGAGCGCGACCGUUUCAGCCUGGCCCGGCUCUCCUCGCCGACCACGCUGCUCAUCAACGGGGUGUGAGGACGGGGUGUUCAUCUCCACACCCCCCAACAUCCUGUCCCCACCUCCACAUACCACCCGUGCCAAUGACUACCCUCUCCCCCACAAAAAAGCUCAACCUGACGGUCAUUCACGAUCAUCCGAGAGACCACACACUGAACAGUUACUGUAAAUAACCUUUCCUCCUGAAGGUGUUGGUAAGAGAUGAGAGAAGUCCUGCCUCUUAGAGGACAAAGCCAAGUGCCAGUCACCUCUGCCCUCUUGGGGGAUUGUACGCUUCGACAGUAUAGACAGCGCCUGGGUCACUGAAGUGCUGUAAUGUUGACUGUUACUGACUAGACUCCCUUAUACAUCAUAACUGUUCUCCAGUCCUCCUUUUCAUCCUCUCAGACUACCCAUAAUGCCCCUGUCCACUGUACAGGGUCAUUGCUAUUGUGACGUAGUGACGCUUUGUCUUUGACAUCUCUCAACUCUGGGGGUUCAAGACUCAUGGAGUUACAAAGCUUAAACUAUGAAAACAUCAUGAUCCUUAAUAUCAUCUGGGAUGUAACUGCCCAUAGGCUCCUAUUGCCCUCGGACAUGUACGCGUUCAUCUGGAACCAACUGUAUUAAAACAGUCUGGUCCUCGCUAUCAGUCUGCAGGCUUGGCUUAGCUUUGUUGCACUGCAGUAUAGACCUCAGCAGGACUUGAGCUUCAUGGGCUGAAGAAUCAUGCAUGCAGCUGCAGUGGCCACACUGCACUCUCUGGUGUGACCACGAGUAACCACCAAGUCGGGACUUAGCAUGAUCGCCCCCACCCCCACCCCACAGCCAUGGACAACUUUGUUGUCCAAAAUGACCUCAAUGGAACUUGGGGAAAAAAACAAGUAGGUGUGAUGCAAUGGGGAUCAGAGUAUUAAAAGUGGACAUCACCCAGUCCAGACUGGUUCUUAAUUAAAGAAGGCGCUCUCUGUGACAGACCUCUGGGUGAUUCAGUCCCCCCACCCCUUCCGUCUCCCCUCUCCCCCUCCCAGACAGUCCGCUCUGUCACUCCGUCACUGCCAGGGCAUGCAGAAUAAAUGAGCUUCCAGACCCUGCCAGACGGUGCGUCGGUACCCUCAUCAGUCUCCCUGUCACCGUCGUUCCUGGCAUUGUGCAAAGGGACCCCCCUCCAGCUUUUCAGAAAUUUAAAAGCAAUAGUCAAGGAGAGAAUUUUUACUUUCCACGAAAAUCACGGGAGUGAUUGCGACCUCGGCAAUACGCUGAAACCCCUCUCGGCAGCUUCACUGGGUGGAUGCAGAACUUUGGACUCAUAGUUAGGAACGCUUGGGCAAUCGACUGACAGACUGGGAAGCAGCAAGACGGCCAUGAUGGUACUGAAAUGGCUCAGAAGGAAGUGGGAGAAGUGGGGAAACGUCCACCUUUGGCUUCCUCCAUGCUGUUAACGCUGUGGUUAAACGCCGUCAUACGUUCCGCCCGCUUCUCGAGGUCCUCGCGUUGAGCUGAUUGUCCCAUCAUCUGGAUGGCUGUGUCCGUAGUCUGUCCACGCUCUCUGAUCUGUAGUGUCGUUUUUUGACCGUGGUAUCAUACUAUAGAGUUAAAUCAAUCUGUAUCUCUCGCUGUGCUACUUUGUGUGUAAUCAAAAGAGAAAAUGAGAGGAAAAAAAAAGAUCUCUCUCACACCAGUAUUUUUCCAGUGUCUUGUUAUGGUGUCUUACCAGUUUCUUGCCACAACCUGUGUACCUGUUUUCAGAGUAAAUAAAUGACUACUCACU